UUAAAUCUCACAAAUUUUGAUGUUAAGAAGCCACAAGUGUGGGGACACUAAAUUAUACAACUACUUAUUAAGCUGGUCUCAAGUAGAACACACUACUAAAGUGUUUAGCAGCAAAACACAUAGAGAUAGUGAGAAAAUAUGGAGUUGAAAGUGGAGGUAGGAUGUGUGGAGGAUGUGACCAUGUCCGAGCCGGUGAGCCCAACCGGGCAGUACUUCAACAGUUCGGUACUUUCGAUUUCGAUCAUUUGCAUCUUGGAGUUUGAGAACCCCAUUGAUGACUCUUCAAGCCUUGCACUCAUUAACAAUGUCUUUCUUCCCAUCAACCCUCGUUUCUCUUCCAUUAUGGUUAAAGAUGGGGAAGGGGGCAAGCUCUGGAAGAGAGUUGAAGUGAAGGGGGAAGACCAUAUCAAAGUCCCAGUUUUUCCAGAAGGAUUAUCACCAGAAUCUUAUGAUCAUUAUUUCAAUGAUUACCUAUCAAAAAUAGCAAUGGAUCCACUCCCACAAACAAGGCCAUUGUGGGAAAUUCAUGUUUUCAAGUACCCAACAAGCAAUGCAUCUGGAAGCCUUAUUUUCAAGCUUCACCAUGCACUUGGUGAUGGUUUCUCUCUUAUGGGUGCUCUUCUGUCAUGUCUACAAAGAGCAGAUAACCCUUCUCUCCCCUUAACUUUCCCAAACUUCCAAAAAUCCCCUAAGCAAGAUAGCGAAAUUAAGAGCUUAAUGAGUGUUGUACCACAUGCCUUAUGUGGUGCGUUAAACACCGUUUUGGAUUUCGGUUGGAGCCUUUUGAAAAGUAGUUUCUUGGAAGAUAAUCAGACGCCAAUACGAUCCGGCAAAGAAGGGGUCGAGUUUCGGCCAAUAAAUAUAAUGACAAUGACAUUCUCUUUAGAUCAAAUUAAGAAAAUCAAGACCAGCCUUCAAGUGACGAUAAACGAUGUAAUUACUGGAAUAAUUUUCCUGGGGACCAGAUUAUAUAUGGAAGAAACAUGUGAAGAAGCAAAAAAUGCAACGUCCACAGCAUUGGUGUUGCUCAACACAAGAUCUAUUGGUGGUUACAAGUCGGUGAAUGAGAUGGUUCAAAAUCAGGAAGCUCAAAUUCAGUGGGGAAACCAGUUUGGUUUCUUGCAUGUCUCAUUGCCCAAGCUACACCAAUACGAUCAGCGUUUAAAUCCUCUAAAAUUUGUUCAAGAAACACAAAAUAUCAUCAAGAAAAAGAGAAAUUCAUCGGCUGUUUAUCUCACUGGAAUGCUACUUGAAUCUGUGAGAAAAUAUAGAGGUCCAGAGGCAACAGCUGAAUACAUUCACAACACGUUGAGGAAUUCAAGCAUGACCGUGUCAAACUUGAUCGGGCCAGUUGAAAAGAUGACCCUCGCGAAUCAACCCGUUAAAGGCUUGUAUUUUAUGGUGGUCAAUGUUCCACAGAGUCUUACGGUGACUAUAAUGAGUUACAUGGACCAGCUGAGGGUUGCUGUUGGAAGUGAGAAAGGGCUCAUAGAUCCAGCAAAGUUCAGGAAAUGUACUGAGAAGGCUUUCAAUAUAAUGUACACUACUGCAGUUAUGGCUAAAUGACGUGAAAGUUCAUAUAAUAGUCCUCAUCCUUGCAUCACACAAUUCAAACCGAACAAGACAGCAUAAACCAUAAUGAAUUUAGCCAAUAAAACAAUGACAUGUCUUGUAGAUGUCAGUAUAAUUAAUAAUUUUACUUACAACUUACCCCUUUGAUGAUCUAUAUCAUUUUUACCAGACGAUCAAGUCUAGAUUAUUUACAACUUAUUGUUUGAUGAUCUUGUAUCAUUUUACUAGAUGAUCUUAGCUAGAUUAUUUCAGUAAUCAUUUAUCAUUGAUUGUAAAAGCUUCAUCCAGAUUGAUGAUUUUGCUUAUCUUUGAAGUAAUAAACUAUAUUUUGUGAUUC